AAAAGCCGAAAAGGGUGUUGUAGCUUGAAGAAAUCUACAAAAGAGAUUAAUUGUUACAUGGCUCUAACAAUCUCUCCCUUUUCUUUGCCAUAUAUUCACAAAAACCCGUCAAAUUUUCACCACAAAUUGAAGAACCCUUGUUUAUCUUCUAUUAAAACCCACCAAAUACAAUCCAAAUCAGGUCUAUUUCCAAUUUUCUGCACAUCGAAACCCAGCACCAAGAACCUGAAAACAUGCAAGAAUUGCAAAACCCAAUUCGACCCAUUGCUCAAUCACCCUCGAGCAUGCCAUUUUCACACUGCCCAUUUCGGAGGGGAAACAAAGAGGAAAUUUGAGAGUGUAUAUGCAGGGGGCACCAUGGAUACACCUGAAUCUGGUAAAGUAUUUCAAUACUGGCAUUGUUGUGGCUCUGAAGAUCCAUUUGAUCCUGGAUGUACUGCUGCUCCUCAUGCUUCUUACGACGACUAAUGCCGGUUCGCCGCUGUCUUCAAAGACUGAUGCCGGGCCGAAAAGCAGAUUUUAGAGACGUACAUACACAAUUUAACUAUAAAGGCACCGCGUCUUAUUAAACAACACUUGGAAGAGGUGGGAUUCUUGCACAUAUCUUGUAUGCUCGGGGGGAUUAAAUUGGAUUCUACUCUUAUCAGCGCUUUAGUGAAAAGAUGGAGACUCGAGACACACAUUCCAUCUUUCGUGCGGUAAGUGUACAAUUACACUCGAGGAUGUAGUUUUACAACUCGAUUUACUGGUGGAUGGGUUAGUCGUUACGGGGCGGUGGUCGUUGGUAAUUGGAGCGCAAUUUACGAGCAAGGUGUCGGACAAUUUUUUUAGUAGCCGGAUAAAGAUGAAAUGGUUGGAAGAAAAUUUCAAUUGUAUCGACAAUUCCGCGAGUGUCGUUGAAAGAGAACAAUACGUCUGAGCAUUUAUCCUGAGGUUAAUUAAGGGUCUUCUAAUACCCGAUAAAUCUCAAAAUCUGGUAUAUUUUAGGUGGCUACUACAACUCAUCGACUUGAAAGAAGUGAGGCGACUCAAUUGGGAAGUAACCGUGUUGACCCUAUUGUACCGAGAGAUGUGUUGGGCGACGUAACUACAAAAAAUUAUAAUCAGUGGUUGCAUACUCCUUCAGCAAUCAUGGGCAUGGUACCGACUACUAUUUUUACAUUCCCGAGUAAACACCCCUUAUUCUUUCUCACUUGUAAUAAGGUAAAAUUCAUUUG